GUUUAACUUUGGGCUGCCCCUCAAUUGCAGCCGUUGCCCGUGUCACGGAGUGGAAAUUAGAAUCAUUACAUCAAGCCCCCUUGCAAAGUCUCGUUGCCCGACAUCUGAGUCACCACCACUCAGCAACACCAAGAGGAAUUGACAUCUAUCUUGCUUGGUUUCUUGGUUUCUUUAAAUCCCGAGACAAUUCUCUCGACUUUUCCAUUAGUGCUGAUUCUUGGUCAAUUAACAAGUCAAGAAUUUUGGCCGGUACAACCUUUGCUCCUGCAGCCUGACAAACCCCGACAUCCCGCCCUCCAGAGCUCCAAAUUUUUUCCAUUUUGUGACGAACAUCCCAUCCCACCUUCGCCCGAACUUCACUGACCACCACGACCAUCGCAAUCACAAACCUCCAGCCUUGCACCAGUCUUCGUCUGUCACUGCGCCCGUUUGGACAUUCUUGCGGUUCUCGAUCGCACCACAAAUUCCUGCUCGUCUCGAACCAGGAAGCCCAACCCUCACAAUGCCUGGAGUAGAAUUCGCACCACAACUGGCGGACGACGUCAGAGUCGAGGGCCAGGACCCUCUGAUUCCACCCGCCCUGCUCAUCUCCGAGCUCCCCGCCACCGAGAACUCCCUCGAGACCGUCGUCAAGGGCCGCCGCGAGGCCGAGAGCAUCAUCAUGGGCCAGAACGACCGUCUGCUCGUCGUCGUCGGCCCCUGCUCCAUCCACGACCCCGCGACCGCCCUCGAGUACGCCGACCGGCUCAAGGAGCUGUCCGACAGGCUUUCCGGCGACCUCUGCGUCAUCAUGCGCGCCUACCUCGAGAAGCCCCGCACCACGGUCGGCUGGAAGGGCCUGAUUAACGACCCAGACGUCGACAACAGCUUCAAGAUCAACAAGGGCCUGCGCGUGUCCCGCCAGAUGUACAGGGACCUGACCAGCAAGGGCAUGCCCAUUGCCUCCGAGAUGCUCGACACCAUCUCCCCACAGUUCCUCGCCGACUUCAUCUCCGUCGGCGCCGUCGGCGCGCGGACCACCGAGUCCCAGCUGCACCGGGAGCUCGCCUCGGGCCUGUCCUUCCCCGUCGGGUUCAAGAACGGCACGGACGGCAACCUGGGCGUCGCGAUUGACGCCAUUGGAGCCGCUGCUGCCAAGCACCACUUCCUCGGUGUCACGAAGCAGGGCCUGGCCGCCAUCACCCGGACCAAGGGCAACCCCUACGGCUUCGUGAUCCUGCGUGGCGGCAGCUACGGCCCCAACUUCGACAAGGAGAACGUGCAGAAGGCCAAGGACACCCUGACCAAGAAGGGGCAGAAGCAGGCCAUCAUGAUCGACUGCUCGCACGGCAACUCCAACAAGGACCACCGCAACCAGCCCAAGGUGGCCAAGACGAUCGGCGACCAGCUGCGCGAGGGCGAGAAGUCCAUCAUCGGCGUCAUGAUCGAGUCCAACAUCAACGAGGGCAACCAGAAGGUGCCCGCCGAGGGCCCCGCCGGCCUCAAGAAGGGCGUCAGCAUCACGGACGCCUGCAUCGACUGGGACACCACCGUCUCCGUGCUCGAGGACCUGGCCGCCGCCGUCCGCGAGCGCAGGGAGAAGAACAAGGGCCACGCCAAUGACAAUGGCAACGGCCACGCCCACGCCACGCCCCUCGAGGAGGACUAAUUAAAUCAGCAUAUUGCCUGCCCCCGUGGGGUAUGUAUAGGGAUCACAAAAGAAAAAAAAAGCAAGGGGGAAAAGUUUCAGCAUCUGGGCCACAUUUUGUGCCGAUUGGGUUGAUGUAAUUCGAGCUGGGUGGGUGUUUUGCGUGAGACAUCGCCGAAGAUACCUGGGGAAGAAGCGGGAUGGGGGUGCUUUUUUCCCGGAGGAAGUGCCUUUUUCCGGAGGAAGUGUCUUUUUCCGGAAAGAAAUGCAACAGAGGGCCUUCGGGUCUUUUUCUUGUGUGCAAGAUCCGGAAAAGCAGGCUAGUCCAAGGGUUAGAGAAAGGGGCGUUUUGCAAAUUGAUAAUUUUGGGCUUUCAACAUUUUCAUAUUCCCGACCCUGUUGCCCUGUGCUUGAUUGUAUGCCCGGGCCGCCCUGACCACAUAUGGCUGGAGACAAUGAUGACAGUGUGCCUUUAAUUGAAAAUGUUUUAGCGCU